CAUAACACGGAAGGUGAGAGCUGAAUGAAGUUUUCUGGGUAAUGGCUUGAAAUGUUUUCCUUAUGAGAAGUGGUGUUGAGUUACAGCGUGCAGACCAAGAACUGGGAGGAGAGAAGCAGCAGCCCAGCCUGGCCAGCCCCCACCUUUUCUUGGGCUUGUAGAAAAGUAGAUAUGGACUCUCAGAGACAAGACAAGUGAUAUGUUGAACUGUCUGGUGACUGUAAUCAACUGCUCCUGGAGUGACCAGAGGCCACUGUUUAGUAGGGUUGAGCCAGGACCAGCCAAGCAGGCACAGAUGCUCUGUUGUGAAAUGCCACGCAGGCAGAGACUGACAAGCGGUAGGAGCUGAGCUUUCCCCUUGGACUGCUGUUUCCUGCUGUGCUCAGGGGAGGAGGGUGCUUUCUGCCAACUCUGCUGCUGCUGCUGCUGCUGCUUCAACCCCCUCUCCACUCAAGGUAAGCAGGCUAACGGGAGGGCAGGGUGCAAAGGAAGCCUUUGUACCAUGAACAGGAUCCGAAAGUUUUUCCGAGGAAGUGGGCGAGUCUUGGCAUUUAUAUUUGUAGCUUCUGUCAUCUGGCUGCUCUUUGACAUGGCAGCUCUCCGCCUCUCAUUCAGUGAGAUCAACUCUCGGGUCCUCAAGGAAGACAUCGUGAGGAGGGAGCAGAUAGGAUUCAGAGUUCAGCCAGACCAAGAGAAGAUUUUUUACAGCAGCAUAAAAGAGAUGAAGCCUCCACUAAGGGGACAUGGGAAGAGGGCAUGGGGCAAAGAGAACUUUAGAAAGACUGAGAAGAGUGUGCUUAAAGUUGAGGUUGACUUGGACCAAGCCCAGAGAGAAGGAAAAGUGAAGAAUGCCCUGGUAAGAGGCAAGAUUGUGCCUUUGUGGCAUCCUGCACAUCUGCAGACCUUCCCAGUGACUCUUAAGAAGGAGACAGAGAAGAGAGCUAUCAAGACUGAAGCCUUCUCUCUCCAGGAGAUACCAAAGCAAACAGCAGCUCAGGGGGCUCAGAAUAUCCCCUUCAUAGCAGCAAAAGGAACUCCACUGGUUGAAACAUCUGUACGUACAGGACCUGGCAUUAUAAAACAGGAGACUCUGAAGAGUCAUAUUCGCAGCAGUGACACAUCAAAACAAGCAGCUAAAAGAGAUUUGAAUGGGACCAUCAGUCUUAGUACUGAUGGUUCGAAACAGCAGUCACAGGCAGUAGCAAAUGAAGGGACACACCCUGCCAGCCCACGAAUGCCCAAAUCUAGAGAAGCCCUAGCCUUAAAUAAAACUCAGCCUCAGAACAAAGAAGUAAAUGCAACUAAACACAAAGCUAAUAAGGGUCUUCUUUUUUCCAAGUUUGUUGUCAAUUCAAAUCACUUAAAGAAGCAAUCUGUUAAGACACUAUUGGGAGGCUUGCCAAAAGAUGAUGGAGCUGAGGGGGCUCAUGGAAAUAAACUCAAUUUCUCCGAAAGCCAUGUUGUGAUUAUAACCAAGGAGGAGGAGCUAAAGGCAGAUCCCAAAGAGGUUCCCAAUUCUAAAAUCAAGACUAUAUUUCCUGAAGUAUUGGGUAAAAACCAAGAUCAACACAUUUUCAGGGAUAGAAGUGAGACAUCUUUCUCUUCACUUGAUCUACAGAGAGCAACACCAUCUCAAACCAGUCGAGCUUUACUUGGGAGGUUAGAGCCAGCAAGAAUCAACUUAACUGCCAAGGCCCAACCUGCAGAACACAACCAAAGUCAUAUAAAAUCCCUUUUACCUGAAAUCCCAGGAACGCACCAUGUGUUAAAAAUUGAUGUGACACUUUCUCCAAGGGACUCCAAAGCUCCAGGGCAGUUUGGACGUCCUGUGGUUGUUCCCCAUGGAAAGGAGAAAGAGGCAGAAAGAAGAUGGAAAGAAGGAAACUUCAAUGUCUACCUUAGUGAUUUAAUCCCAGUGGACAGAGCCAUUGAAGACACAAGACCUGCUGGGUGUGCAGAGCAGCUAGUUCACAAUAACCUCCCAACCACCAGUGUUAUCAUGUGCUUUGUGGAUGAAGUCUGGUCCACUCUGCUGAGAUCUGUUCAUAGUGUCCUCAACCGCUCUCCUCCGCACCUCAUCAAGGAGAUUCUGCUGGUGGAUGACUUCAGCACCAAGGACUACCUAAAAGAUAAUUUGGAUAAAUACAUGUCUCAGUUUCCAAAAGUUCGGAUUCUUCGCCUGAAAGAGAGACACGGUUUAAUAAGAGCCAGGCUGGCAGGGGCCCAGUAUGCAACAGGUGAUGUGUUGACAUUUUUAGACUCUCAUGUGGAAUGUAAUGUUGGUUGGUUGGAACCUCUUCUAGAAAGAGUAUAUUUAAGUAGAAAAAAAGUGGCCUGUCCAGUAAUUGAAGUCAUCAAUGAUAAGGAUAUGAGUUACAUGACAGUGGACAACUUUCAAAGAGGCAUCUUUGUUUGGCCCAUGAACUUUGGUUGGAGAACAAUUCCUCCAGAUGUUGUUGCAAGAAACAGAAUUAAAGAAACUGAUAUAAUAAGGUGCCCAGUGAUGGCUGGUGGAUUAUUUUCUAUUGAAAAAAAUUACUUUUUUGAACUUGGAACAUAUGAUCCUGGCCUUGAUGUUUGGGGUGGAGAAAAUAUGGAGCUCUCAUUUAAGGUAUGGAUGUGUGGUGGUGAAAUUGAGAUCAUUCCCUGUUCCCGAGUGGGCCACAUAUUCAGAAAUGACAAUCCGUAUUCCUUCCCCAAAGACCGGAUGAAGACAGUGGAGCGGAAUCUGGUGCGAGUUGCUGAGGUGUGGCUUGAUGAGUAUAAAGAGCUGUUCUAUGGCCAUGGGGACCACCUCAUAGACCAAGAGUUAGAUGUCGGCAACCUCACCCAGCAAAGGGAACUGCGAAAGAAACUGAAAUGCAAAAGUUUCAAAUGGUACUUGGAAAACGUCUUUCCUGACUUGAAGGCUCCCAUUGUGAGAGCUAGUGGUGUGCUUAUUAAUGUGGCCUUAGGCAAAUGCAUUUCCAUUGAAAACACUACAACCAUUCUGGAAGACUGCGACGGGAGCAGCAAGCUUCAGCAAUUUAAUUAUACCUGGUUAAGACUUAUUAAACAUGGAGAAUGGUGCUUAGCCCCCAUCCCUGAGAAAGGGGACCUGAGGCUGCAUCUUUGUGAUAACAGAAACAAAGGGCUAAAAUGGCUGCAUAAAUCAACAUCAGUCUUUCACCCAGAACUGGUGAAUCACAUUGUUUUUGAAAACAAUCAUCUGUUGUUAUGCUUAGAAGGAAAUUUUUCUCAGAAGACUCUGAAAGUAGCUGCUUGUGACCCAGGGAAGCCAUACCAAAAGUGGAAAUUUGAAAAAUAUUAUGAAGCCUGAAGUGGAAUUGAUGUUUUUAUCUAGUAACCCCAUUAAAUACUGUGAAAAUAACAGUGAA